GAGCUGGUUUCUCCAUUCUUACCUACCUACCUUUAAGUCAAAUAAAAAAACUCGUUAAAAAGUAUGCGAAGACAAUUUAGUAGCAGAACAUUUUCUUAUGUGGCACACAAUAUUCCAUCUCACCCAACUCCAUACCAUCAUAUUCAGGUCCAAGUUGCUGCUUCACGGUGAAAUUAAUAUGGAGGCUCCCCUAUGCAGUGAACCCAGGUGGACAAGUGAGGGCUGUUCCGUGUUUCCGUGAAGACCAGUAUCGCUCACGUUUCUGCCCCCACCUCCCUUACAGGCGAGGGGAGGAGAAAAAUGAAGUGAAUUAUAAAAACGACUUCCACCUCUCCACUGUAACUACUACAGCCGGUGACUCUGCAUGCGGCCGCAGCCUCCACCGGGCGCACUGGGCACACCGGCUUCAGUCUGCGGCAUGUCGGCCGGCGGCUGCGACGGGGCGGCGGACCGGCGAGCAGAUGUCUCUGCAGAGGAGGGCCGUGCCGGCUCCUCGCUGCCCGCCGUCGAGCUGCCAAGGAAACGGAAGGGAGAUAUGGAGGAGAGGCUUAGCAUGGACUGUAAGAUGGAAGAUGACCUCAGCAGAUCUGAAGAAGAGGAUCAGCAAGUCAAAAUAAGAUGCUUCAGGGAACCUCACCGGCAGAUAGAGAAGCGGCGUAGGGACAAAAUGAACAACCUGAUAGACGAGCUGUCGGCCAUGAUCCCCGCCUGUCAGCCAAUGGCGCAGAAGCCGGACAAACUGACUGUGCUGCGGAAAGCUGUGCAACAUCUGAAAGCCCUCAAAGUCGGGACCAGCAGCGCAUUUGCAGACUCGACCAACAUGCCCUCCAUCCUGCCCCAGGACGACCUCAGGCAACUUCUGCUCAGGCAGGCUGCGGACGGCUUCAUGUUAGUAGUAAGCUGUGACCGGGCUAAAAUCCUCUUCAUCUCCGAGUCUGUCUCCAAGAUCCUCAACUUCAGCCUGUUGGAGCUGACUGGGCAGAGCUUGUUUGAUUUCAUUCAUCCCAAAGACAUCAACAAGGUGAAGGAACAGCUGUCAUCAUGGGAGUAUCCACAGGAACACAUGAUCGAUGCUGCCACUGGGGUUCAGGUCCAGACGGAUGCCCCCGUCAGGCCGACCCACUUGUCCUCUGGAGCUUGGAGAUCCUUCUUCUGCCGGAUGAAGCACAGCCGGGUGGCGGGGAAGCUGGAGGAAAAGCACCUGCUGCCCUGUACUGCUAAAAAGAAAGACACCUCCAGAUACUGCACCCUGCACUGCACUGGAUACAUGCGGAGCUGUCCGAGCAGCCAGCUGGAUUCAGAGGGGGACGCUGAGAAGGAGACCACCAGCCUGAGCUGCCUGGUGAUGCUGUGCCGGCCCCUCCCCCACGGCUCCCCCCAGCCUCCCAAACACAUCAACGCCAAGCCCUCUGCGUUCGUUACCCGCUGUGCCAUCGACGGGAAGUUCACGUUUGUAGAACAACAAGCCACCACAGUCAUCGGUUAUCUGCCGCAGGAAGUUCUCGGCACGUCGUGUUACGAGUACUUCCACCAGGACGACCUGCAUCACCUCGCAGAGAAACACAGGCAAGUUCUUCGAAGCAAAGAGAAGAUUGAGACGCAGUGCUACAAGUUCAAAACGAAAUACGGCUCCUAUGUUUCCCUCCAGAGUCAGUGGUUUAGUUUCACAAACCCAUGGACGAAAGAAGUUGAGUUUAUCGUGUCUUCAAACAGGGUUAUGUCCAGGGGGCCCGGUCACAUGAGAGAUGAGGAGGCAGGCCGUCUGAAAGCUAUGCAAGAGGAGGAGACGAAGCAAAUACCCAUAAUUCCCAGCCUUUCCAAUGGUGUGGGCACGAUGAUCUACGCAGGCAGCAUAGGGACCCAAAUUGCAAAUGAACUCAUCGACUCAUACAGCAGGGUGAACUCCUCUCCAUCCAGCGGAGCUUCCAGUCCGUUUGGCUCGACCAAUGAGAAAUGUCCCCUGGUGUCUCCACCAAUCAGCACCAGUGCGUCCAGCGGAGGGGGGGCAGCAAGCAGCUCAUCACAGUCUGACUCCAGGACAGCAGCUGGCGCCAGCAGUGCGACUGCUGACAGUUCAGGCGAGGUGUCCCAGCUGGACCUGGAUGGCAUGGUGGUGCCGGCGCUGAGCAGCUUCAGCAGCGACGAGGCAGCAAUGGCCGUCAUCAUGAGUCUGCUGGAGACAGAGGUAAACGUGGGUCAAUCGGGGGACUACGAGGACUUACACUGGCCUUUCUAAAGAGUGCACAGACUUUAAACUCUUACCAGCUGGGGGCCGUUUCCUGCUGGGAACCCUCAGCGGAUGUUUUAUUCUGCGACUGACUCGGAUGACUACAGCUGACCUGCUGGAAUUCUACCAAAGACUCCACCAUGUACUAACAAGAUUUAAUGGGAUUUAUUGUUACUGUAAUUACCUUGUUGGCCCCCUUUGUCUCUCACCUGGUUGUGAGGUUCAAGUGUCCCGGAGCAUGUUGGGAUUUAGGCUGGUGCCCUACGGGAAUGAAAACGGGUUGUAUCCGCAUAUUUCUCUUGCGUAUAGCCCUUUUUGCCACACGACGCCAUAACGAAACGAUAGAAACAGACCCCGCAAACGACAACGGGUCCAAAGGUGGAUAGAUCUGGGAACGGAG